UUCAUUCAGUAGACCAGCGGCAGUCAUCGUGAAUGGUACAAGGCAAAAUAUCAUCCAGUCACAGUAAAAAAAAAGGGUUAACAAUAAAUCAAUAAAGCAUGGAGGCCUUUGGUUACUGGAAAUACGUCGUUUCGCUCUUGGUGAUGGCAAUAGUGCACAUUGGAGAGGGCAAGUUGCAGUGCAGUCUUACGUGUCCGAACCAGAAGGUAUCUUGCAUCACGGAGUUAAACAAGCAGUUUCAGCUACAAGGUCAUUCUGCAGUUGGUCAAAGGGUCAAGCUGGAGCCCCAGCUUAUGGGAAUUCCCACCUCCCUCCUAGAGCUGGCGGUGACAGGAUGCGAUACCGUGGACGUGAUGCCGAGAGCCUUCGAGGGCCACCCCCUCAUGAAGCGCCUGAAUUUUAGCAACAUCCAAAACCUGAACUUCAAAGAAGACAGCCUCGUGUUCGUCGGUGACCUGACCCUAGACAUUAAUCAGGUCAGGAGUCUCGAACUGAGUCGCCACGCCAUCACCUUCAACGCCAGUCGCGAAGUGGCCAAGCACCACCUGCAGGUAACCAACACCCAUCUCUCGUCCUUCCACCCAGAGGCUAUCGUCGCGGCCCACACCACCAAUUACCUCACGACCUUCGGCGAAAACAACACGCUCGACGAGGUCAGCGGCCACUCCGACCUCUGCGAUGUAAGCUACGUUUUUAGAAACGUUUUCCUCAAAGAUAAUACACCCGUACCUUGCUCGUCGGCUCGCGUCUUAGGGAGCGUCGUGGUCAUCGCGAUGGCCCUUCUCUGCAGGAAAGUCAUGUAAAUGUGUAAAUGAGUGUAUGAUCAUGGGAUAUAACCCUUCUAGAGAUUAUAGAUGUGUGUAUACAUUAUAUAUAUCUGGAUGUGUGUGUAUGUAUUUAUGUGUGUGUGUAUAUAUAUAUAUAUAUAUAUAUAUAUAUAUAUAUAUGUGUGUGUGUGUGUGUGUGUGUGUGUGUGUGUGUGUGUGUGUGUGUGUGUGUGUGUAUAUAUAUAAAUAAGUAAUUAUGUGUAUAUAUAUUUUUUUAUGUAUAUAUGUGCAUAUGUAUGCAUAUGUAUGCAUGUAUUUAUAAAUAUAUAUAAACACACAUAAUCCUCAUUAGAUUUAAUAGAUAUAACGUAUUCAUGUUGACAAAUGUAUAAUAGGUAUGAAUGAGACUGCAUAUCUUCACAGUACAAGAGAUGUAUUUGACCGGUUUCGAUUACCUCCGACUAUAUUGUAUUUCUGACGAAGAUAGUAUCGAAACCGGUCAAAUACAAUUCUUGUAUUGUGAAGAUAUUCACUCUCAUUCAUACCUUUUUAUACAUACAUACAUACAUAUACACACAUACAUACAUAAAUACAUACAUACAUACAUACAUAUAUAUAUACAUACAUACAUACGUGUGUGUGUGUGUGUGGAGAGAGAGAGAAAAAGUAGAUGUUCAUAACAAUGUAAUUUGUAGCAAGAUAAAAGUUUAUAGUUUUAGACAAAUAACCCAAUUCGCACACAUAUGGAAAGUACUUUAGUGACCCUAUCUGCCAAAUCUUUCAAAAAAUGUUAAGCAAUACCUGCUAACAAAGUAUAUGUAAAAGUGUAUUUACUUCAGGUAUAAAAAUAGUGUCUUUCUACAUAAAUAAAACUUUCGAUAUUAA